UGUCAACAUUACUAGCGUCAAUAUUUCAAAUUGAAAAUAAAAAACAAUGAAUUUAUGACAUUGAAAAAUCUAAAGAAUAUCUUCCGAUUACUUCAAUAUUAAGAAAAAAAUGGCAUAUGAGACCAUUUCAAUUGACAAAAUAUGUAGAACUUGCUUGUCGGAAGCAACCAAUAUGAGGUCCGUAUUCAGUAUAGAGGAAUCUACAGGAGAAAAUUUGAGACUGUUUGAAAUGCUUAUGUCGUGUACUUCUGUCCAGGUGAUGACUAAUGAUGGGUUGCCAAGCCAAGUCUGUCUACAGUGUGUUCACUACAUCACGAGAGCGUUCUCUUUCAAACAGCUCUGUGAAAGAUCUGAUAAUACCCUUCGCGAGCUUUUGGAACGUCAGUUUCAGCAGACUUUCCUGACAGAGUUGAAACCUUUGCUCGCCUCAGACGCUCUAGUACCAAGUUCUGUUUCAGAGAUCAUCACUGGAAUUCCGCAAAUACCUUCAGCCGAAACAGUCACUCUAAAUGAGGUGAUGCCAAUUCAACAGCCCCAGACUACUCUGGUGCAAGAUGUUCAAAGUGAAAUUGUCUUGGAAGGGCCCCAAAAUAACCAUAAAGUAAAAUAUGAGGAUUACGAGAACAAUUUAGGGUUAACCAAUGAUAACGAUAGUGAUACUGGCCAAGAAGAUAAAAUGAAGUUUGAUGUUACAACUGAGGAAAAAGAACUGAAAAAUGAGACAUUACAAGAUGAAACCAAGCAGCCAAUUUUUGCAUGUGAACAAUGCACUUGUUGCUUUACUAAACAGUCUGACUUGAAGGCUCACGCGAAGACCCACCUGAAGAGCACCACCGGCCACACGUGCAAAACGUGCAACCAGAGCUUCGCGAGCGCAAGCACCCUCUGCCGGCACUCGAAGGUGCACGAAGGUGCAAAGCGCCAUCUGUGCAGCGAGUGCGGAAAAGGAUUCUCGCGCUCGGACGACCUGACGCGCCAUCUGCGCACGCACACCGGCGAGAAGCCGUUCGCGUGCAAGCUGUGUGACAAGUCGUACGCCCAGUCCUUCCGACUACUCGAACACAUGCGCGCGCACGCCGGCGAGAAAAAGUUCGUGUGUUCCGUGUGCGCGAAGGCAUUUUCAAGGUACACCAGUCUGGCGGCGCACACCAAGACACACAGCGGCGUCAAGACUCAUGUCUGCUCUGUUUGCGGGAAGAGGUUAUGCGGCUCCGGAUCUUUGGCCAUGCACAUGAAAACUCACACAGGACUCAAAGAUCACAUAUGCCCUUUCUGUUCGAGAGGCUUCACCACUCCGAGCAAUCUCAUCAUUCACAAAAGGACACACACAGGCGAGCGCCCUUACAUAUGCACAACUUGUGGUAAAGGUUUCCCUGACCCUUCACGACUAACCGUCCACACCAGAUCACACAGCGGAGAGAAACCGUAUGUGUGCAGCACGUGCGGUCGUGGUUGCGUCAGUUCGUCGCAGCUGAAGAAGCACAUGCGCAUACACACCGGCGAACGGCCGUACCAGUGCCAUCUGUGCCCGAGGGCUUUUCCUAGAAGUGAGGAUCUCAACAUCCACGUGAAGACUCACACCGGAGACAGAGAUUUUGUUUGCCCGUUCUGCAAGAAGGGCUUCUACCAAGCUUCCACCCUGAAGGUACACAUCAGGAUACACACUGGAGAGAAACCUUACAAAUGCAAUAUUUGCUUCAAGACCUUCUCCCAAACGGGUCCUCUCUCGACACACAUGAAGACGCAUUGAUAAUUGCUUGAGUUUCAUUGAAUGAAGUUUUUCAAGGCAGCGUUUGAUUUCCUCAAAAAUAAAAUUGCCCUUUAUGUAGGAGUCGCAAACUAAAUUUUCAAAUCACGAACAAUUCAAAUUGAAAGGGAUAUAUUUUUAGGAGAGAUCAAUUUUUUUUAUUGUUGUUUUAUAAUUUCAUGAUUUGUAUUUUUGGGAAAGAAAGGUUUUGGCUAUGUCUCUAUCUUUAUACAAAAAAUGUAGGAAUAUUCAGAAGAAAGGAAAAAAGUAAUUAAUUUCCAAAUGAGCUUUUCCACAAAGAUGUGAAGAUCAAACAAAGAAGUAAUUUUCAGACACAGACUCAAAAAAAUGCCCUCCCAAAACAACUAUCUUCAUAUAAACGUUGACAUUUAUGAAAGCGAUCCUGUGAAUGAUAUGUGAUUCAGUUCCAUAACAAAUGUUUGGAAUACUUUGAAUAGGAAACAUUGUUUUUUGUAUAGUUCAAUGUUCUUAUGAAAGUAGUUGUUUCGAAAUAAUUUUUUCGUUCUUGUACUUCAAUGUUUAUAGGGAAGUUGUUGUUUCAGAAGGGCUUUUUCUUCCUUUCUUUGGAAGGUUCCAACUUUUGUUUAAUGAAGAUGAAGAGGUAAAAAAACCUUUCUUUCUCACAAAAAAUCUGUUCUGAAAUUCAGAAAAGUGCAAUGAAAGGAAAAAAUUCAUAUUUCUUUCACCUGUUAUUUUGAUAUUCUUUGCGAAUUCCAAUCCAGGAAACCGAUUUUCACUAUCAUACAUUCUAAAUUGAAACCUGAAAAUGCUCACACUGCUCUCAAAAAAUUUUGGGAUCGGAAAUUUUAGCUUUCAACCUAUUUUUGUCUGUGAGCAUAAACUUCGCUCUUCAGCAUUAUGUUCUAUCGAUUACAGUUGCAGCCCUUCUUCAUAUCAAAAUUUUGAUUCAAUAAUCAUAAUUUUUUUUUCUACGUCUAUUUUUAUGUUAAUCUUAUCUAACCUUUCUCUGUAUAUAUGUACUUAUUGUAUAAAAAUAUAUUUUACUUUGAGAAUAA